ACUAACAUCAACUGAGGCGUGGUAGCUGCUGCAGGUUGAAGUAGACUUGAGGAGUUGAAGAUGGCCGACUGAAGUUGAGCAACACAGACAGCAACUAACAUUUAACAGCCGCCUGAACAAACGGAGAAGAAAUGAGAUUUAAAUAAAAGAAAAGAAAACGUGGACAGAAAGUCUCGUCGUUACUCUGAGAGUUCUUCAUCCUCCUCAUCAUGCCUACCAUCCAACAACCAAUACCAAAUUCAUCUCAUCCAGUACCUAAUGCAUCAGCUUCAUGGGCUCCACCCAUCACGGCAGACCAGCCACGGACAACUCACCCCAUCACCAUCAUCUCCACCACCUCCACCUCCACCAACACCACCGUCAAUCCAGCCGCUGCCGCCGCCGCCAACUUCUUCAACGACCUGCUUAACCGAAUACCCUUGCCUCGAUGGGCGAUCUACGCCAUCUUUGCUGCCGGAGCUCUGCUGAUUCUGCUCUGCUGUCUGUGCAUCUGCAUCAAAUGCUGCUGCAAAGACAAGAAGAAGAAACAGCAGCAGAAGAAGGAUAAGAAGAUCAACCUGAAGGGGGUGAACGGGAAAACCACCACAGCCCUGGUUCAGCCAGAUGUGGCGGAUGUGGACUAUGGAUCGACCAAAAAGCAGAGAGGAAGGCUGCUCUACUCUCUGGAGUACAAUGCCGCUCUGUCCGAGCUCACAGUCGGGAUCAAACAAGCCGCCAACCUGAAGGCCAUGGACCUGGGAGGAAGCUCGGACCCGUAUGUUAAAGUCUACAUCUGCCCUGACAAAUCCAAAACCUGCGAGACCAAAGUGUUCAAACACACGCUGAACCCCGUCUUCGACGAACAGUUCAACUUCCAGAUAUCCAAGUCCACCCUCAAGAAGUCAACUGUGGUGAUGCGGGUGUUCGACUUCAACAGAUUCUCCAAACACAACAUCAUCGGCGAGCUCAGGCUGCAGCUCUGCGACGUCGACUGGGUCCAUGUCAUCGAGGAGUGGCAGGACCUCGCCGAGCCCGCCAAGUUUGAAGAUGAAGACCUGGGCGAGAUCUGCUUCUCUCUGCGUUACGUUCCCACUGCCUGCAAACUGACCGUGGUGAUCCUGGAGGCCAAAAACCUGAAGACUAUGGACAUCGGAGGAUCCUCAGAUCCUUACGUGAAGGUGCAGUUAGCACUGGACAAGAGGAAGUGGAAGAAAAGGAAGACGUCCAUUAAAAAGAAGACGCUGAACCCUUAUUACAACGAGUCCUUCACCUUCGACGUCUCGUUUGAACAAAUCCAGAGGGUGAAUCUGGUGAUCUCUGUGUGGGACCACGAUGCCAUGACCCGGAACGAUGCCAUGGGGAAGAUCUUCCUGGGCUGCGACGCCACGGGGAACCAGCUGAGGCACUGGGCCGACAUGUUGUCCAACCCGCGGCGGCCGGUCGCUCAGUGGCACACCCUGCUGUCGGCCCAGCAGGUCAACUCCACCCUGACCCUGAAAAAGAAGAUCCCCCUCUCCAGCAAACUGCCCUUCUGAUGGGAAACACACAGUGGUGGUCCUUCUCAGACAAAACAUAUUGUUUAAAGAUCAUUUCUCAAAUGUAAUCUAUCAGAUUGAUUACUACAUUUUAUACAUUGAAAAUGAACAAUUAUAUUCUACUAUCAAAUCAUAAAUGGAUAUUUUCCUGUCAAACAUGAGCACUUUCUUAACUCCUGUAUGAACUGUAUCGUACCUCUAAACAAAUUUCAUCCCUCAAACUUUUGGAAGGUUUGUUGUGAUAUAAAUUAAAUAUCAUAUUUUCUCAUGUGA